CUAUUUUUUUGCACUGCACUUUACACCACCUUUGCCCCUUUGACCAUUUUUCCCUAGCUUACUGCUUCUCCACUUCUCUCCAUCUUUUCUUCUUACACUAUCUUAAAUCCUUUUCAUUUCCUCAACCCAUUCAACGUAAGCUCUAGUAGUUGUCCUCCUCAAACAAAAUAAAAUUAAAGCAUAUAACAAGUGUGUUUUUUUCCUUCAUUUUUUGGUCUGAAAAAUGGUAAUGGAAGGGAUUCAAGAAGAUAUAGGUGAAGGAAAUAUACAAUGUAUAAACCAUCCUUAUAAAAACAGUUCACCAGGUGGAAUCUGUGCAUUUUGCCUUCAAGAAAAACUAGGAAAACUUGUUUCUUCCUCUUUUUCCUCUACCAUUUUUCCUUCUUCUACUUCAUCUGUUUCAACUCCUUCUUUUAGAUCUGAAUUUAAUGGAACUUCAACUACAACUUCAGCCUUACAAAUCCCAACAAAUAACAAAACUACUACUGAUGGUAAUACUAACUAUCAUCCAUAUGACAACAACAAUAUGAGGAAAUCAAGAAUUCAGUUUUUGUUGAGUCAGAAAAAGAAGAAUAGUAGUAAUAUUAUGGCAAGUUCUGGUUCAGAUUCUGGUAUUGUUUUUAAGAGAAGUAAGUCAACUACAACCCCUAGAAAUCAUUUGCAUUUCUUGGAAGCUGAAGAUUAUGGUAUUCAUAGAAAAGGGUUUUGGUCAUUUCUUCAUUACUCAUCCUCGAAGCAUUAUUCUUCAGAGUCAUCUCAGAAUGGUUCCAUAAAAUCAAGGGAGAAAAAGAAAGAAGAGAUUGUAGAAGUGGAAGAAAAUGAGAGUCCUAAUGAGUCAACAUUUGACAGAAAAGUAGCAAGAUCCAGAUCAGUUGGUUGUGGAAGCAGAAGUUUUUCAGGUGAUUUAUUUGAGAAAAUCUCAACUGGUUUUGGAGAAUGUACUUUAAGAAGAAUUGAGUCACAAAGAGAAGGAAAACCAAGAUUUUCAUCUGUUAAUCAUAAAGAAAGAGUCAAUUGUGGAGGAAUAUUAUCUUAUUUGGUUUCUUCUGAAGAAAAUUUGCAUGGAAAAUCUCAUAAUAUUUCUAAUGGAAGAAGUAAGAAUUGGGGUUGGGCAUUAGCAAGUCCAAUGAGAGCUUUUAGUAAAACAUCAUCAAGUGGAAAAAGAGAAGACUCAAAUAAUAAGAAUGCUACUCCUAAUUUGGCUGCAAUUCCUUCUUUGUUGACUGUGAGCAGCUAGUGAGAGACCAAUGUCGUGCGGACUUUCCAAAAUGCUGCCGCACUUGCGUCGGAUCCUAAAAAAAUACAUUACUUUUGCAGGAUUCGACACGCAUCCAACGACAUUUUCGUAGAGUCCGAGUAACAUAGAUUUUCCUACGUUGCACGGGACUCUCCAAAUUGUUGCCGCACCCGUAUCGGAUGCUCCAAAAAUACACUAGUUUUGCAGGAUCCGACAUGCAUACAGCGACAUUUUCGGAAAGUUUAAGUGACAUGGAUUUUCACUAAGUAACUACUGAUAUUAUUACACAAAUUUGCAUUAUUCUUGUCUAGAAACUCUGUUUGUUUAUCAGGUUAUAUUAACUAAUUUCUUUGUUAUUAGAGCUCUCUUUUUUUGUCCCUUUGUAAGGUUGAUGUUGAGUCCUGAUGAUUUUGCUGCCAAUUGAUUUGCUUUGGUUGGAGAUUUUUCCUGUUGUUGGAUGCAAGUUUUUUAAGUUUUGUAGGGAGAAAUUCCCAAACUAAAAGGAGUUAAUACUAUUAUUUAUUUAUUUAUUUCUUUAUGCUUCUUA